AUGGCCAAAGUCGCCCAACCCGAGCUGAAGCGCUACCUAAACAAGCGCGUCUGUGUCAAUCUCCAAGGCGGGCGCCGUAUUGUCGGCCUCUGCUCUGGGUUUGACAUCUUUAUGAACAUGGUCAUCGAUGAGGCCACAGAGCAGAUUCACCCACCUGUAGCGGGUGCGCAGGCUAAUGCGGAUGGGAGGGUACAGGAGAAUAGGAACGUGUGGCAGGAUGGGGACAGAUUGGGCAUGGUGGUCGUAAGAGGAAAUAGCGUCAGCUCAGUAGAAGGGUUGGAAGCGAUCAAGACGACAUGA